AUGGGCCUGAAGACUGUCUCCCUCAGAGAUGUCCAGGAGCAUAACAAAACGGACGACAUAUGGAUGGUGAUUCAUAACAAAGUUUACAAUGUUACGAAUUACCUAGAGGAUCACCCAGGUGGCAUCGAUAUUCUUAUUGCGGAAGCUGGCAAAGACACGACACAAGUAUUCGAAGAUGUGGGUCAUUCUGAAGAAGCGAGAGAGUUGCUAGAGGAUUUGCUAGUUGGCGAGAUUCAGGCAUCUGAUCGUUCAGCUACGGUAGAAGUUUACCGGCCAACCUUCGAAACAGUUAGCCAGACGACGACCAUUCAUACCAAAUCUCAGCCAUCAAAAGGCACUGCAUCAUGGUAUGCAAGGGCCUUCUCUAAAAUAUUCAUAUUUGGGAUUUUUGGCGGGACAGCGUACCAAGGCUACCACCACCGCAAGCUGUUGUCUCAUUUUGCAGAGGCGUCUUCCAAAAGCCUGCGGGUAUCUGGUGGCCAAUUUUGGGUUGGCUUUGGCAUGGCAUCUGUGGUACAAGCUCUGUUGACGUUCGGAGUAGUGUCAUGGGGUGCUUUGAAACUGGAUUUCCAGGAAGACUUUACUUCGUACCCAGCAUACAGGGUUCAAAAUCCAGCGACUCCGUUCAUGUCUGCGCCUGUUGCUGCCGGGUCGGGAUGUCAACUUGACCCCCAGAAGUGGCGCAAGCUUACACUCCAAGAAAAGGUCAAGGUUUCGCCCAAUGUAUACCGCUUUGUCUUUGGACUCCCAGAUGCAUCGCGGCCAUUGGGCUUACCUAUUGGGCAACACGUUGCAAUUCGAGCCCAAAUUGGAGACAAAAUGGUCUCUCGAUCAUAUACGCCCACUUCGGAUAAUCAAGACCUUGGCCGCGUUGAUCUUCUCGUCAAAGUCUAUCCAACUGGUGUCAUGACUAAACACCUUGAAAGCCUUGCAGUCGGAGACAAAGUCGAAUUUCGAGGUCCUAAAGGUGCUAUGCGAUACACUAAUGGGUAUGCGACUCACAUCGGUAUGAUUGCUGGUGGCACCGGUAUCACUCCCAUGUACCAGCUGAUCCGCGCCAUUUGUGCGAACCCCUUGGAUAAGACUUUCGUUUCUCUUAUAUAUGCGAACAAUACCGAAUCAGACAUUCUUUUGAAAGAAGAAUUGGAUUUACUGGCGUCGCAACACCCCCAAAAUCUUCGGAUCCAUUACGUUCUUGCAAAGCCCCCUUCCAAAUGGUCAGGCAGUGCUGGGUUCGUGACAAAAAGUAUUGUCAAAGAGUAUAUUUACGAACUAUCCAAGGAUUCCCGUCUUUUACUCUGUGGCCCUCCUCCAAUGCUUGCAGCUAUUAAGAAGAUAGUGUCUGAGCUUCAGACUGAAGAACCUACAUUGUUGUCUGAUAUCGAUAAGAAAGUAUUUUUAUUUUGA